AUGAAUUGGUCGAAGCUAAUUAAGAGAGUGCUUGAAAUCGAAGUUAAUUUAGUGGAAAUACGAAGAUCAAAAACAGCGUUUUGGAAAUGCAAUACCAUUACUUACGUGGUAAUGUUCUUAGCAUUACUUGAACAUGCAAUGUAUAAAAUUUCAACAAUUAUGAAGGUCAUGAGUGAUUUUAAUGAAUCAAGACUAAGCGACAAUGUUCUUGAAAAAUAUUUCUCAAGUUGGGCACCAUUCAUAUUUGAUUUAACAUCUUACAGUUUGUGGAAAUCUAUUAUAUUUAUGAUCGCAAAUACACAGGCGACAUUUGCUUGGGACAUUACAGACGUAAUGAUAAUGUGUGUAAGCGUGUAUUUAACUUCAUACUUUCAGGAUUUCAACGGCAUCAUCAAUAAACAAUACAAUUCAAUGUCGUGGGAAAAAUUGCGUGUCUUGUAUUCACAUCUUGUGGCCCUCGUGAAAGAAAUAAACUCCAGAUUCUGCUAUCUUAUACUGUUAUCGUUCUUCACUAAUCUGUUCUUCAUCUGCCUGCAGCUGUUUAAUACUAUAAACUAUGGAAUUCCCAGGCAAAGCAAUAACGGUGAUAGAAACUUAAAAAAUUCUAUUCACAGCACUGUACAUCUAUUUUACUAUCUAUACUCCUUCGUGUUUCUAAUCAUUAGAACGACUUUGGUGUGUUUGUUAGCAGCAAACGUACACAAAGCUGCACAGGAGCCCAUGUUUGUUGUUGGAUAUGUCCCCGCAUCUGAAUACACGCUUGAAGUGCAGCGAUUCAACCGUCAGAUUCGUUACACCACGACAGCUUUAAGUGGAGUGUACUUCUAUGUGACGCGUAGCACUUUACUUCAUGUUAUUGGGACUAUUAUAACAUAUGAAUUGGUGCUUCUACAAUUUAAUAUAGACAACGAAGAUGAUGCCGACCUAAAUUAUAAUGGAACUUUGUCUAACUAUACAAAAAUUAAGUUUUAA